GUGCGCGCAGGCCUGCGGCGCUGGGCGGGCUCAGGCCCUCCCCCGCUGACCCUCCGCUCUCCCCACCCACGCCCGCGCUUAUAUCCGCCCUCGCCGCCGUUCCCGGGGCGGAGACGCAAGCUUUUAGUCGCUCGGCGGCUCCGGUGGGUUCAGUGGCGUGAGGGGCUCACUGCGGCGUGUGGUCGGCGCCGCCUGGCCCGUUGCGCGCCCACCCCCGCGGCCGGCCGUUGGGGGGAUUCGGGCUUCAGCCGAGCUCCUGCGGGUGUUCCCUGGCCGGUCCGGGGGAUCCGGGCACCGCUUCGACGGCGGGUUCGCCGGCGCCGCGGACCGGGUGGCAGCCCGAGCCCCGGGCGGACGGCGUCAUGAGGCACCUGCCGUACUUCUGCCGCGGCCAGGUGGUGCGGGGUUUCGGCCGCGGCUCCAAGCAGCUGGGCAUCCCCACAGCUAACUUUCCGGAACAAGUAGUUGAUAAUCUUCCAGGUGAUGUAUCCACUGGCAUUUAUUAUGGCUGGGCCAGUGUUGGAAAUGGAGAAGUUCAUAAGAUGGUGGUGAGCAUAGGAUGGAACCCAUACUACAAGAAUACAAAAAAGUCUAUGGAAACUCAUAUCAUGCAUACCUUCAAAGAGGACUUCUAUGGGGAGAUCCUUAAUGUGGCCAUUGUUGGCUACCUCAGACCAGAAAAGAACUUUGAUUCUUUAGAGUCCCUUAUUUCAGCAAUUCAAGCUGAUAUUGAGGAAGCUAAGAGACGACUAGAUUUACCAGAACAUUUGAAAUUCAAAGAAGACAAUUUCUUCCAGGUUCCUAAAAACAAAAUAAUGAAUGGCCACUGAUAAAAAAAUCAUCUUAUUUAUUCAUUCACGGUUUUCUAAUAUUUUACUGCUUAUAACUCCUCAGUCGUUCUAUUUUGAAAAUCAAACAUUUUCCUACAGCUGUGAAUUAGUUUAAACAGUACAGUGUCUUUACCACAUUAUGUUUCACCCAUUCAAAUUAAACCCAUCAUGCUAUAGUACUAAAGUGAUCCAUUUUGAAAAUCAAGAUUCUUUUUUAUGUAAUAUGUUGAUUAAAAUGUACCACUAGAAAGGUCUUAGGUGUCUUAGAAUGGAAAUGAAAAUGUAUAUAAGUAUGGGUAAAAAGGCAAGUCACUAGAUUUGAGAUGAGAACUAAUAAUUCUCAUGGUACAUAGUAGUACAUCUGUACUUGUGCAGUAAGUUCUGCUAAACAGAGGAGGCUUAUGAAAGUAAAUGUAUUCCGCAGAGGUUUGAGAGUUGAUUAUAAACCUGAGGGGAAAAAUCCAGACUUUAUAUUUUUGAUAAUUUGUGGGUUACUAUAUUAUUGCAAACAUGUAGACGUGUGAAUUUUUUUUUUCCCCUCUCGUGUGAAGUUGCAUUGUUGUUAGUCAUUUCCUUUAUGAGGUCAAAUCAUUGCACUGUGUUCCAUUUUGUUUUACAGCUGCCUCAGUUCUAAUUGGAGACUCCCCCUCCUGAUCAUUUUGUUUACCUCCUGAAGCGGUAAAAUGAGUAUUUUUCUAAUCUCUAGGUCUCAUUUUUAUGUUGUAUAGCACUUCUCCAUUUUAGGGGUCGACGUUCAUUAUUUUUCUUGACUUUGGUUCUUUUUUUCCUUGAAACAAUUGUCCGUGGUUUUUUUUAUUCUAUCCCAUUUAGAAUACCUUACAACUGUUCACUUAGACAAAAGAUUGCAUCUAUAGCUACCAUUCCAUCCCUUCACUAUAUAAGCAGUGAUUAAGUGUGUAUCCAUAUUGCAUUUUAGGAAAAAUAUCCCCAAAACUUCAUUAGGUUUCCUCAAGUUUAAAUGAGCACACAGCAGUUCAUUUGUAUAUACCAUUUUCUUAAAGAACACAAAACAUUUGUUUUCCCCCUAGGGAAGCCAUCUAAGAACCCAUUAAGUUAUGGAAGUUAUUUAUUUUUAAUGCAAUUACAUGUUCCUGAGCAAAUGUAAACUGUUGUAGCUGUGUACGCACAAUGCUAAGCAGUGCUUUGUGGCUUGGGGGAAAGGCAUAAAUAAUAAAGUUUUAGUUACAUAAUCCUCAUACUACGCAUUUUUUCUUCCUCCUGAUUAAGAAGUAAUUUUUGGCGACUUGAGACUCUUAUUUGUAUUGGCAGGAAGUUGAAAUCUUUGGGUAUUUAGGAAAUUAAGAUUACAGAUUGUUUGGGUCUCCUGAAACAGUACCUUUCAUUAUUGUUCACUUAAGCACCAGAUUUAGUGUGGGGAAAGGGAGCAGAAGUAUAGAGAAGGUAAUUUUAAAAGUAACUCAUUAUAAAUCAUUUUCCCUGAUCUGCAUACAUAGAGAACAGAUAUUAAGAAAAAUAUAAAGUAUUUAGAAAAACACCUAAAACAUCUGGAGAAAGGGGAAGCAUGAAUAAAUUCAGUUGGAUUGUGUUUUACUUCUUGGUAUAUGAAUUUAUGGCAUACAAUGUAGUAUGUGUCUUUCUUUUAUAAAAAGACUUAGAAAAUGUAAUUUAAUGUUAGAGAUCCUAUACUUGAAAGAAGCCGCGAUUAUUAGUGGCUUUUAUAAAGCAAAGACAGAAACAGACAUGGAAAGUGUAAAAACAGAUUUGUGUGUGUUUGAAUAGCCUGCUGCUAAUUAUGUCCUCAUUAAGUGUGUGAAGUCUUGGAUAUUGUCACCUGACAACUUGAAAAUCGUAUAUUGUGAGGUUUAAGAGUGAGUUAAUAGUGUCUAUACUUCUCUUAAAGUUUUGUAUUAAGUAUGUAUUAUAAGAAAUGGCAGUAGUAUCAUUUUUGAUUAAUCUGAUUUCAGGCCUUGAAAUAAAUCUAAAUGAUGUUUC